AUGAAAGCGACUCUGGAGGCACCAGACUUUGAUCCAAAGUCGGUUCGCGCGUAAGUAAUAAUUUAUCCCAUACCGCGACAAGGAAUGAAAGACCAGAGGCUAAGAUAAACAAUAGAAACCAUGUUACAGAUCAAAUUGCUGCCAGAAAAAUCGUGAUUCAGGCAUACUAUUACAUGAAUAAAACUAGAGAAAAGCCGCGAUAUGAAAGGGUAUUGGAGGCUCCAUUAUUUGAGGCUUUACCCGUUCUCCGCUCCAGAUUCAAUAAGAAAAGUCACGGUGGCAUUGGCAACAAAGAUCUUAUUUGUUACGAUCCAGAAUGUACGAAGACAGACGGGAAGUGGUGCGAAAAGAUCAUUUACAUGGAGGAGUUGAUUUCUUGGAGAAUCGGGGAAAAGCCAGAAUAUGGAACGCUUGUUGGUUGGUCCAGCAAGAGACUUUGGACGUACACUCAUUGCCUCGUGCGGUUUCUAAGCAAAAAGCCGCUUCCUUAUACCUCUUAUAUGACGGCUGAGACGAAUGAAAUUGAGGAUGUCCGACUACUUGCAAGGUGCCUUGGUGCCAACGAGGAGAGCGAUUUGCAUUUGCGCAAGCAUCUCGUGUCCUUUAUCAAACUUCGUCUUGCCCUGCCACCUGCCGACCCGGAAAACAGCAAGAAGCCGACAAAGCGAAGAGCAUCGCUCGAAAUGAGCGUGGUGGAGAAAAAAGGAAGAGCCUUCAUUGAUUUGACCGAAGAUUCACUUCCACUUGAAGAGAUGCACACAUCCAGUGGGCCAACUAGCUCCAAGAAGGAAAAGCUGUCACCAAUGCCAGAGGUAGCAUAUAUUCGAUUGAAUGAGUCUUCAUCAAAUUGCUAUCUCGUAAACCUGAAAGAAGUGAAAGCUACCUCACAUUUCUUGGGAGGACUCUUAGAUGACCUGUGUGAGGGAAAUCUUGUUGGAAGCAGAUAUUCCAUGAGUGGGGACAGUAUUGAUGGAUUGCCCACUUUGUUGUGGGACGGAGUUCUCACCUACUUUAUGACUAAGGACUACGGAGGUAUCCGAAAUGCAUCCGCUGCCAUCAUGAAUUCCUGGCAAGCAGAUGAGCGUUGGCUUCCUAUGAGCAUAUUUGUGGAGGGAAUGCAAACGGAGGGGGCUUUGCGAAAGACAAGGGCGCCGACCGAUCAUCGCCGUGCUGAAUGGUUCAAUAAAUUUCUUGGAGCCUGUACAUAA